GGCGAAUAAGAUUCUGGCUGAAUUUACCACAACCUUAUCGGCUACCUUGUGCUGGUGUCCCCCCACUGCGAGGCGGCACAGCUGUUUAUUGACAAACUGUCAGCGUACUACAAAAGGCGCCUGGGGUGGAUUCGCCGCGUUAUUUGGAGUGCAACUUUCCAUUCUUCAAGUGUUCCUAUCUAGUCGAGAGCUCGUUUUCUUGAGAAAUAGAUCAUAUUUUUAGUUUAAUUGUUCCGUGAUUCAAAAGUGCGCUUAUAACUAAUAUUUUGCAACAAAAUGAACAGCUUAUUUCAAAGCAUUCGAUCCAGUGCGAAGCAGUUGGGGACCAUUACUUCGUUCCAAUAUGCGAAGCGAACGAAAAUGAGGUGUGUCGAACCAUUCCUGGUAGGUACAGGUCUGGCAACAUUCAUGACCCUUACACAGGUCCAAAUGGAAGCCAAACGAAAAUUGAGCACGUCCCAAUUCAUGGCUGAUCCAAUCACAAAUGUUGAACAAUUAAUGAGCAAAGAACAUGACAUGCGAACCAAAAUGGAAUUGAUGAUAAUGCGAGCACAAGCUGAUUUCUGUCGUGCAUUGGAAAAUGAGGAAAACUUUGGACGAAAAUUCAUUGUUGAUCGAUGGGAAAGAAAGGAGGGUGGCGGUGGUGUUACAUGCGUUCUUCAAGAUGGCGAUAUUUUCGAAAAAGCAGGAGUUAAUAUCUCAGUAGUGACAGGCAAUCUACCAAUAGGUGCUGUGCAACAAAUGAAAUCCAGAGGAAAAAAAUUCAAAGCGGAUCAACUUCCAUUUUUCGCUGCCGGAAUCAGCGCCGUUAUACAUCCACGCAGUCCAAUGAUUCCGACAAUACACUUCAACUAUAGAUAUUUUGAAGUGGAAGAUUCGGACGGUCAGAAGCAAUGGUGGUUCGGAGGCGGAACUGACUUAACACCAUAUUAUUUGAAUGAAGAGGACUGUGUUCAUUUCCACAAAGUUUUGAAGGAGACUUGCGAUGAACAUGACCUGACUUACUAUCCGAAGUUUAAGAAGUGGUGCGAUGACUAUUUCCGUAUAACACACCGGAAUGAAGCCCGAGGCAUUGGUGGUAUUUUCUUUGAUGACCUCGACACCCCGAAUCAGGCUGAUGCUUAUCAAUUUGUACAGUCAUGCGCAAACUCUGUGAUCCCAUCUUACCUUCCCAUAGUCCGCAAACACAAAAAUGACAAAUAUGGAACCCGCGAAAGACAAUGGCAACUACUACGACGUGGACGUUAUGUUGAAUUCAAUCUUAUCUACGAUCGGGGUACCAAAUUUGGCAUGUUCACACCAGGUGCCCGAUAUGAAAGUAUUCUGAUGUCCCUGCCUCUUACUGCUCGAUGGGAAUACAUGCACCAGCCCCAGCCGAAAAGCGAAGAAUCCAAACUGAUUGAAGUCUUAAGGAAUCCCCGUGACUGGUUGAACAUAGAAAUCCCCGAUUCUAAACGGAAAUAGGUUAAUGCGAUUUUAAUUUUUACUUUUUUUUUAAUUUUGUAAGGAAUGUUGUACAAUAAAAUAUUUAUAGAAAUUAUUUGUGUUAA